UUCCGGCGGGGCCUGCGCUUCCGGCGGCGUCUCCUUGCCCUUCAAGAUGGAGGCGCCCUCUCCCCCGCGCACCAAGUACCGCCCAGCGCCCUUGGCCUCGCUCCCGCCGCAGCUCGACCCGGCCGAGUACGAUGCCUCGCCAGAGAAGCGCCGCGCCAACGCCGAGCGCCUGGCCCUCCGCGCCCGCCUCAAGCACGACUACCUCCUGAAGCUCAACGACCCCCGGCGGACCCAGCUCAUCGAUGACCCUGCCAUGACCCGUUGGGUUUAUGCCAGGUCACAAAACGUCUAUCCCAACUUCCGUGUCACACCCAAAACUUCUCUGUUUGGUGCACUUUUUGGAUUAGGACCCAUUUUUUUCUGGUGGUAUGUCAUUAAAGCAGAAAGGGAUUAUAGAGAGAAGCUCAUACAAGAAGGCAAGUAUGAGCGACCGUUCCAUAUUUCCUAUUAAGUCCUCACAGAUGUGUGGUGAAAAUGCUGCUGUGCUUAUUCUCUGUAAAGAUUGCUAAUAUUUCAAAAUAAAUCCUUGAAACUGGUUAA